AUGAUCAAUUCGUGUAAACGCCAUCGCAAGCAUGGCCUUACUUGUGCUUGUUCUCCUUGCAAUCCUCUGUACUUCAGCCUUCGUAUCCUCUUCUCCUUACGCAAGGUACCCGCGGCGCACUGGUCUUCUCGCUUCAGCUCUGCCCGAAUCCUGUGGGCGAGAUGGACAGGCACUGAGCUCAAGUUCCUACUCGACGCCCACGGCAGACUCGGGCCAAUUGUGCUCGUGGGCCCCCAAGAUAUUAGUGAGAGCAGCUACCAAGAUGAGAUUCGCAAAGUCUACGACGCCGGGUUUCCGAAGCCGGCCUCAUGGUAUUCGAUGUUCAACUAUUACGGGACAAGCAACGCUUUUACGAGUCUCGACAGAUCCGAACACGGCAUCCGCCGUAGAAGAACAGCCGCGCUAUACUCCAAGUCUGCGCUGAUGCAGUCCAAGCAUCUACGCGAGGUAACGGACUGCAUCAUCUACGAGAGACUGUUGCCAAGGCUGGAGGCGCUCUUGGCUGGGUGUGGCACCGGUCGUCUCGACGGGCUGGACUUGAGCUACCGCAUUUGCGCGGAUUAUCUCAGCUCGUUCUUGUUUGGCUAUUGCAACAGCACGAGUUUCCUGUCAUUCUCCUCCAAUGGCAAGGCGAAGCUCAACAGAGACGACCCUCUUGAGCUAUGGCGCUUCCACUACGAGAAUAUGUCAUGCCGCGAAGCGUUCUUUGUGCAGGAGAUGCCAGGACUGUACAGGCUGUUAAAGGCGCUUAGGACUAAUCUGCUGCCCAGACAGUAUUCAGAGGGGACUAGGUUUCUAGAGAAUUGGAUGUCGGCAAUGACCGAGAAGGCUGACCGCACUUGA